AUGCGCAAGUACGCCUGUAUAGAUCCAACGGCUAAUCGGGACGAAAUAUAUAAGGAGAGCCUGGCUGUACAUGGCCAGGCCAUGCAGGUACUGGUGCGCCAGGUGCGGCUGCGGAAGGCCGCAGAGCAGAGGGCAGCCACGCUGGAGCGCCAGCUCAAAGCAGCAAAGCUGCAGCUGGAGGUGGAGCAGGCGGCUGCCUGUCUCCUAAAAGAUGCAAAUAAACCCAAACCCAAACUGACAGCAGACAAAACCAUCACACCAGUAGGAGGCAGUGUGACACUGAGCUGCUCUGUGGACGGUUCUGCUGACUGGAAAUACGACUGGUUCAGACAAACCUCUGAGUCUUCUGCACCUCAACUCAUAAGAAAUGUUAAUCCAGACAGAGACAUAAGUGUUUAUCUAGGAGGCAUCUACUACUGCAGAGGAGGAAGAGGAGACUCAGUCUUCUACACAGAGGACAGCGACACAGUUACUAUUCAGGAAACUGUUUCCAACAAGGCAGUUGUGACUCUGCAACCCAACUGGUCUCUGAUAUACAGCGGUGAGACAAUCACUGUCAGAUGUGAGAUACAGAGAGGUGGAAACACUCGAUGGGAAUUUGAAUGGAGAGAAAACAAUGUGGUCUCACCUCAGAAAGAUAAAGAAUUCAGAAUCAGUGCUUCUUCUUCCAGUAAUAUAAACCUCAUGUGUAAGGGUAGAAGAGAUUUAUAUUCCUCUACAGAGUGGAGUGAAGCCGUCACACUGAGACGAUCAUUGAAUAAAGCCGAGUCGACACUGAAAGUAGACAGAAACGUCAUACCAGUAGGAGGCGAUGUGACACUGACCUGCUCUGUGGACUCCUCUGCUGAUUGGAAAUACUACUGGUUUAGAGAUUAUUCUCCUCUUCAGCCCAUAACAAAUGUUAAACCAGUUAACAAGGUCUCAGAAGGAGGCAUCUAUUACUGCAGAGCAGGAAGAGGAAACCCAGAGAUCUUCACAGAGUUCAGCAGAACAGUCACUGUUUGGAAAGCUGUUCCAAAUAAGGCUGUUGUGACUCUGCAACCCAACUGGACUGAGAUAUACAGCGGAGAGACGAUCAUGCUGAGAUGUGAGAUCCAUGACGGAGACACAGAGUGGGAGUAUGAAUGGAAGAGUCCCCAUGGCACAUAUCCAAAUAACAAUGAAUACAGGAUUAGCAAAGCUUCUUCACACCACAGUGGAAACUACAGGUGUAGAGGCAAAAUGAAAAAUGCAGAACAUAUUUCAACAGAGUGGAGUGCUGACAUCACAUUGACAGUAUCUGAUAAACCACCUGUCCUCACUGUGUCUCCAUUAUGGCUGAGUCCUGGAGACUCAGUAACUCUGAGCUGUGAGGUUGAACAUCCAUCUGCAGGAUGGAGGUUUUACUGGUAUAAGACUGUUCCCAAACUAUCAGACUACUCCUACAUCUAUGAGCUGCUACCUGGUAGCAUCAAUGGGACUGAACAGGAUUCCUACAUCAUUCAUGGACCGACACACACAGCAAGAUAUAAGUGUAGAGCUGGAAGAGGAGACCCAGUGUAUUACACUCAAUACAGCAAACCUGGGUUUGUUUGGUCUGGAGAUGUUCAUUCAGCAGUGACUCUCAAAGUGAGUCCUGACAGAGUGCAGCACUUCACCUCUGACUCUGUCUCACUGAGCUGUGAAGGAAACUUUACUGGGAGAGUGAGGAGGUUUCCUGAGGGUCGCUACAGGUCAGACUGUAACUGGAGGUCCAUGACUGAAUCCACAUGCAACAUCUACAGUUAUCAUCAGAGUGAUGCAGUGUACUGGUGUGAGUCUGGAUCAGGAGAGUUCAGCAAUGCCGUCAACAUCACUAGACAGAAUGCAGAUAUUAUCCUGGUGAGCCCUGUGCAUCCUGUGACUGAGGGACAGUCUGUUACUCUUGGCUGCAAACUGAGGACAGGAGAAUUACUUUCCAACGUGUUUUUCUAUCAAAAUGACAAACUUAUCCAAAAUGAUACCAGAAGAGAGCUGAAUAUCUCUGCAGUGUCAAAGUCAGACGAAGGUUUCUACAAGUGUAAAUACUCAGGAGAAGAAUCAGCACAGAGUUGGAUGUCAGUUCAGGCAGUGUCCAGACCUGAAAACUCUUCAUCUCUUAUUCCAUUAAUUGUUGGGGCGGUUUGUGGAGUUGUAUUUAUUAUUCUCCUGAUCCUGUUGUAUCUCUACAGACCAUCCAAAGAUUCUCACUCUGUCAGACCAAUCCAGUCUAAGAGCACCAAUCAGGACUCUGCCACACAUCACAUGGUCAACCUGAAUGAAACUCAAGAUCACAUCUACAAUUCUCUUCUCCACGGUGAUGUUUGUGUCUAUGAAUCAAUCAGAGGCUCUGAAGACCCUGAAAACGGUAAAGUAUAA